UCUGAUUUUUGCGUGAAAAUGAGUUCUAAAGGAGCAGCAGCAGCAGCAUCUACAAGGGGAGGGAGAGGAAAGCCAAAGGCCUCCAAGGCUGUGUCAAGGUCCCAGAAGGCAGGGCUACAGUUCCCAGUGGGAAGGAUUGCAAGGUUUUUAAAAACCGGAAAGUAUGCUGAACGUCUUGGUGCUGGAUCUCCUGUCUACCUCUCCGCUGUCCUUGAAUACCUCGCUGCCGAGGUUCUUGAGCUUGCUGGGAAUGCUGCGAGAGAUAACAAGAAAAACCGGAUCAUACCGAGGCACAUCCAGCUUGCAGUGAGGAAUGAUGAGGAGUUGGGGAGGCUGUUGGGGUCGGUCACAAUUGCAAAUGGAGGUGUUUUGCCUAACAUUAACCAGACCCUACUUCCCAAGAAGGCUGGCAAAGGGAAGAACGGUGACAUUGGAUUUGCUUCUCAGGAGUUUUAGGGCUUUUGAUAGGUUGUCAUAUACAUUCCUUAGGGUUUUUCUAUGUAUUUUUGGAGUUGUCUAAUGAAAUUAAACAUUUAGUUGCUUAACA